GGUGGCCGGACAUCACUUGUUGAUAAAUUUGAAUACGUCAUGCACGGAAAGUUAUAUAAGAUAUCAGAAGAAGGUGAAGGACCCAGGGUUAAAGCGGACAUAUAUGUUUCAUAUGGUGGGCUUCUGAUGAUGCUAAGGGGGGAGCCUUCCAUUGCAGCUAAGUUUGAUCUUGACCAGAAGUUGUUUCUCCUCAUGAGGAAG